GUUAUUUGUGUGAUUUUCGUCUGAUCUGUUCAGUUACCGGCUGCCGGAAUCCGAUCUCCGCAGUCGGUAUCCCAUCUCUGCCUAUCCUGACGCCUCCCUUCUGUAUCCAACCUGGUUACCAUCUCUGGCCGAAGUCUUCCCUCGAAUCGUCUCGGCUCAAGGGCCACCCAGUCCUGGCCCGAUGGCUUCUCAGGAAGAUUCGACACAACUAGCAACUCAGAACACAGUUGACCCAAGACGACUCGGCCAACAGAACUCGGGGUUUUCCGACAAAGACAUAGCAGACAUCGUAUGCAUGUUAUACCCGCGAACCGAGAAUGCCAGGCGAGAAGUCGAAGGCCUCGCCGACAUACUAAGCCCACAUAUCGCCGGCAGGUACGCAGCUGAUGCCGUCAGGACCGACCCCCGGCGCGAAGACGGUCCCGGCGAGUUUGGGAGGGCCCGCGCCGUAGGAGACCAUGCCAUUGUCUUGAGGCUGUCGGCGAACGCGAGGUCUCCGAACCUGGGCUUCACCUUCGGCCGUAACUCAUCCCGAUGUGAUAUAUGCUUCCAUAACGACCCUCUGCGGCGGCUGAGCAACAUCCAUUUUCGCAUCUACAUCAACAAUCAUGGGGUCGUCAUGUUGGAAGACACUUCAACGAAUGGCACGAUUGUGGAUGAUGUAAUGCUCAAGAAGAAGAGAGACGGACGAGACGGACAGCUGAGCCAAACAAAAAGAACACUAGAGAGCGGCACAAACGUCAAGAUUCUCAUGCACGAGAAUGCGCAAGACAUGGAAUUCAUCGUGCGAAUGCCGCAUCGGGAAGGAUCUCUUGAGCUCGAAUACCAGAAGAAUCUCAGGGAAUACUUCCGGAAGCAAGGCAAAGAGCUUGACCUGGACCGUACUAUAGGUCCCGGACCAAGCGGCCCUGUGAACCUCUUUCCGCCCCCAUUCAAAAAUGAUCGGGACGGCCCCGAGACUGAGCCACUUGAUCCGCCAGCCGCCUAUCGACAUCCUCGGGAAUUUCGUGGUGGCGAACGGUACAACCGCGUCGGUCAGAUCGGCAAAGGCGCAUUUGCGGUCGUGUACAAGGUGACAGAUAGGUACACUGGUAUGCCAUAUGCUGCCAAAGAGCUCGACAAGCGCAAGUUCAUGAAAAACGGUGUCCUCGACCAGAAAGUGGAAAACGAGAUGAAAAUAAUGCAACGAGUUUCUCAUGAAAACAUUGUGCAAUACAUCGAGCACUUUGAUUGGGACAUGCAUCAAUUCAUCAUCAUCAUGGAGUACGUCCCAGGAGGUGAUUUGGGGAAGCUCGUCGCGACCAAGGGAAUGCUUAGAGAAACGUACGUGAAGAUUAUGGCUCGGCAAUUGAUCGAUGCCCUGGGAUAUCUGCAUGACAACAGCAUCACACACCGAGAUGUGAAGCCGGACAACAUCUUGAUUUCGUCUCUGGAUCCGUUCGUUGUCAAACUAACAGAUUUUGGCCUCUCUAAAAUGAUCGACACGGAGCAAACAUUCCUCAAAACUUUCUGUGGCACAUUACUAUACUGUGCCCCUGAAGUUUACUCCGAAUAUGGCACAUACGACGAGAAGGGUCGCAGGCUUCGUCAACAGAGUCGCCGGCCCCCUACUCGAGAACGAUAUGAUCAUGCCGUUGACGUUUGGUCCCUCGGCGGCGUGCUCUUCUAUGCUUUGACUGGUCACCCACCUUUUCCUGUGAGGAACGGUACAAGCUAUACAGAGCUUCUCCAUCACAUCAUGACCCAGCCGCUUGUCGUAGCCCCCCUGAUGGACGAAAACGUUUCUACGGAUGGUAUUGACUUUCUCAGACGGAUGAUUGACAACCGGCCUGAGACACGAGCGACAAUCGCCGAACUGCAGAGCCACCCUUGGCUGGAAAGCCCUGAUGUGGAAUCUGCCGAUGAAAUAUCCGAUGACGGAUUGGAGCAGGGAGCAUCUCAGCUUAGUCUAAAUGACAGAGCGCAACGACGACAGCAUGAGUCCAUUGGUGACAUUGGUUCCAGCGCUCUUCUAGACCCGGAACCUGAUUCGUCCAUGGAGUUGGAGGAAGACAAGGAGAAUUAUACCUUUGGCCAGCCUCCACCAGAUCGGUUUUGGGGCGAGGUCAACAACUCGGCUAUUGGAAGCUCUGGUGCUAUCCAUGAAUCCCGGAUGAAUGUACCAUUACCCGGAGAAAGUGGAGAAAGCCUUGGAGAAACUGAUAUCCAAGAACACGAAAUCCACGACAGCUUCGAUUCUGAUGACCUGUCAACUCCUCGACAAAAGCGAAGAUCGCAGAACACAUAUCGGCUGGCUAUAUCAACCGACUCCACAAUCGACGAGAGUGCAUACCAUGCCAAUCAAGCUAUUGGCUCUCAGAGCUUAGGUGGCGAUUCUGCAAUUUUGGAAAACCUUAACAUGAAAUCUUUAGCGCGCACCACAUCCGGCUUGCGUUCUGAGAUGGGUGAUUUAAACACGAGCAAGCGCAAGCCUACCUAUGAUACAAGCGACGAACUCGAGAGUGUCUCAGCGAACAUGAAGCCGUCCUUCAAAAGACUCAAGUCCAAUGGAGAUGAUUUGUCAGAUGACGAAGACGACGACGAAUACACUCUCCUUGCCAAAAUUCCGCCGGCGGCCAAAAGUGACUCUGGCCGCCUCAUUGACUAUCCUGUGGACAAACGAACAUUCUGGGAUGCCGCAGACAAGCAGACGUGGCAUUUGAACUAUCCCGAAAUGACACAUUCACAGCACAAUGCAUUCAAGGCCGCCGCUGAGGAACGUAACGAAGACUUUGGCGCAGGGAACACGCCGUUAUGGGAGGUUGCUAUGCGUUGGUUUCCACCGACCAACAGCAGGACAGAGGCAGAUGCUUCUUUGCAAGAGACUCGGCCUCUCCUGCGUCGGGAUGACCGGCCCUUGGGCGAAAUCACUGAAUGGGACAUGCCCCCGACAGCUCCACCACCACAAUCGGAAGAUGAUGGCCAGGACUCACUGCCUGAUACUCUGCCUCCCGAGACGCAAUGGCCCCCGCCAUUGAUGGUCCAAUCAACCUCGAAGACAGUCGUUGCUCGGUUCACCUCCCCACCAGGGUCUUUGGUCAGGAGCAUUUCGAUUCCUAUUACGGAUCCCGUCGUGUCAUGGGGUAGAUCAGCCGAUAAUACUAUCAAAUAUCCACAGGCAAUGGAGAGCAAGGUCCCAAAGCACGCCUUCAAGAUGGCUUUGUGGAGAGAGGGAUACACCGGAUCCUCAAGCGACUUUAGACCAUGGGACCGUAAGCGAUCAACUAGUACUACGCGCACCUCUCCUGAACCCGAGUCGUAUGCAUUCUUCAUUUCGACCAAGGCUACAAACGGGUUGCGCAUCAAUAACGUGCCCCUGUAUUCGCACGAUCCUAAGAACGCCAAGUCUCCCUCUAAAGAAUGGGUACAGCUUUACCACGGUGAUACCGUCGUUUUCUGGGGUCUGGAUAAUGUCAAUAACCAGGCUAAGCUUACCUUUGAGUGUUUUUGGGGCGCGUCUUCGGUAUUGAGGCCUAUGGAUGAGCAUCCUGUUUGUGUCUCUGAGCUCAUGGCAAGAAAGCUUGACAAUACUUGGACCAAGGGCGAGAGGACACUCAUGUAUGACAGAACCAAAGAGGAGGCGAACCGCGAUUGGCAGCAUCGCAUGCAACACAUGGCGCGUGAGCAGGAGCGUAGCAAGAAGUUUGAAGUCAAAUGUGCCGAAGCAGCUAGGAUCCUAGCUCUGCGCAAUAGCAGACAAGCUUCACCAAUGUCUGCCCCGCCCGUCAUGGGUAGGCUCGUGCCGAAGUUUCGACAAGACAGCCCGGCGGCGUACACCACACAGCGCUGACGAGACAACCUCGACCUGGCGUUUGUAUUGCCGUUCUUUUAUCUUUUUAUUGUCCAUUCACUGUUACUGGCUCGACGAUAUCGUGAGAGCAUCAAAGAAUCUGGAUUCAUUGGUGAGAGUGGCGCAUAUCAAUUACUACGAAAAUCGGUUUGGU